CUCUCACAUGAAACCAUCCAUGAAGAUUUGCAUGUUUUAUUUAGGUGUUUUGUUGUUGAUAUCAAACUACUUUUCCCUCACCACUUCCAAAUCACUCUUCAAUCUCACCAAUGAUCAAUAUGCUCUCACUGUCUUAAAAAACUCCAUUGUUUCCGAUCCUAAUGCCAUCUUGCAUACAAAUUGGUCAAUUCACACUCCCAUUUGUGGAUGGAUUGGUGUCUCUUGUGGCAUCAAACACAAAAGAGUAACUGUCCUAGACCUUUCUAGCUUCGAGCUCCAAGGCACCAUCCCUCCACAUCUCGGAAACCUAUCGUUUCUUCGAGUUUUAGACAUCAGCUCCAACAGUUUCACGGGCGUCUUACCAUCUGAGCUGUCUAAGUUGCGACGUUUACAAGUGAUAAAUGUCGAAGCUAACAACUUCACCGGAGAGAUACCAUCUUGGUUCGGAGCCUUAUCUCAACUCCGGCACAUGUAUUUGAAUAACAAUAGCUUCUUCGGCAGAAUCCCUUCUUCUCUAUUCAAUCUCUCGAGGCUUCAGAGUCUGAAUGUGAGCUUCAAUACUCUCGAUGGAAGCAUCCCAAACAACAUAUGCAAUAUUACUUCAAGAUUAAGAGAAUUCAAUGCCUUUGGGAACCGACUUGAAGGGGAAAUUCCAAGAAAUAUAGGCAAAUGCAAAGAGCUUGAGGUGCUGCAAUUGCAAAACAAUAGUUUUAACGGCGAUAUACCAAGUGAAAUUGGGAGUUUGAGUAUGCUCAAGGGUUUGAUUCUAUGGAAAAACCAAUUCAAAGGUGGAAUACCAAAGCAAUUUGGCAACCUUACUUCUCUGAGAAUGCUACACCUUGGGUAUAAUCAAUUGACAGGUGGAAUAUCAAAGCAAGUUGGGAACCUCACUUCUCUGAGAACGCUAAUCCUUGCGGAUAAUCAUUUGACAGGUAAAUUACCAGAAGGACUAUUUAAUUUCGCUUGGCUGAGUUUGCUUGCUGUUCCAAGGAAUUCCCUAUCUGAUGCUAUUCCACCACUCAUCUUCAACAUAUCAACCUUGCAAACAUUAGACCUUUCAUACAAUCAGUUUUCAGGUAACCUUCCUUCAAACAUGGGACUAUCACUUCCCAAUCUCCAAGUCCUUGCUUUACAAAGCAACAAACUUACCGGCCCCAUUCCCGCCUCUAUCAACAAUGCUACUCAGCUUCAUAUCUUAAACUUGCAAGUGAAUUCAUUCAGUGGCUCCAUUCCCAGUUUUCCUAGUUUAAGGCUCUUAACCAUGUUUGUACUCAGCGAAAAUAACUUGAGUGCAACCCCGGAAAUGAAAUUUAUCUCUUCAUUAACUAAUUCCCAGCACCUAAAGGUUAUUGAAAUAUCAGCCAAUCCACUAUUGGGUUGUGUUCUACCAAAUUCCAUAGGAAAUCUAUCCAAGUCCCUUGAGCUUUUCUUGGCGCACAACACAAGUAUGAAAGGAAAUUUGAAGAAACUUGGGAGAUUAGACCUUUUUUGGAAUCAGUUGCGAGGAUCUAUCCCCAUUGAUCUUUGUCAAAUGAGUGAGUUAGCAGAGGUGUACAUUGGCAUCAACGAGCUCGAAGGUCCAAUACCAGAAUGUUUGGGUGGAAUGCAAUCGCUGAGAGUGAUUCGAUUUGACUCAAACAAGUUGAAUUCCACCAUACCUUCCAAUUUCUGGAAUCUCAGAGACCUCAUCUUUCUAAACUUGUCCACAAACUAUUUGAGCGGUCAGAUCUCACCCCAAAUUGGAAAAUUGGAGGUAAUCAACAAUGUAGAUUUCUCGUUUAAUCAAUUUUCCGGUGAUAUUCCCAGCUCAAUCGACCGUUGCCAAUCAUUAGAAUAUCUAAAUUUGUCGAAUAAUAACAUCGGUGGUUCCAUGCCUCAAUCACUGGGAAAUAUGAAAGGCUUGACAACACUGGAAUUAUCUAAUAACAGUCUUACUGGAUUAAUACCCAAAUCAUUACAAGAUCUCAAAUUCUUGGAGUAUUUCAAUGUGUCAUACAACAGAUUGGAAGGGGAAAUUCCAAAUGGGAGCUGUUUUUCCAGAUUUACUGCUCAAUCAUUUGUGCACAACUCAGCUCUUUGUGGUCCAACAAGAUUUGAAGUGCCGCCUUGUCCAGAAGUUGAUGGAGGAUCAAAAUCAAAGGGUGUUGCUCGAUUAAUGAAGUACAUUAUGCCUCCUCUCGUUUCAGCUAUGGCUGCAGUUAUCAUUGUAGUUAUUCUCAUAAGACGAUGCAAGCCUGUGAAAGUGAAAAUUCCAGUUUCGACUUCGUUGGGUAAUCCUUGGAGAAAAAUCCCAUACAUUGAACUAUCGAGAGCAACAAAUUCCUUUAGUGAGACAAAUCUACUUGGGAGAGGAAGCUUUGGCUCGGUGUUUAGAGGGGUAUUUGAUAAUGGACUGAAUUUUGCGGUUAAAGUGUUCAAUAUAGAGUUGGAAGGAGGUAACAAGAGCUUUGAAACUGAAAGUAGAAUACUAAGCACCAUUCGACACAGGAACUUAGUUCGAGUUAUUGGUUGUUGCACCAACAUGGAUUUCAAGGCUUUGGUUCUUCAGUUCAUGCCGAAUGAGAGUUUGGAGAAAUGGUUAUACUCGGAUAACUAUUGUGGUGAUAUUGUACAAUUGUUGAACAUCUCAAUCGAUGUUGCUUUAGCUCUGGAGUACCUUCAUCACGGGAACACGUUCCCCAUUGUGCAUUGUGAUAUAAAGCCGGGCAAUGUGUUGCUCGAUGAAGAUAUGACUGCUCGUGUUGCUGAUUUUGGUAUUGCAAAGCUCUUUGAUGAAGGGGAGGCCAUGGUCCACACUAAAACACUUGCUACAAUCGGCUAUGCAGCACCAGAGUACGGAUCGGAAGGAAAAGUAUCCACGGGUGCUGAUGUAUACAGUUUUGGGAUAAUGCUAUUGGAAAUGUUCACGAGAAAGAAGCCGACAGAUGAUAUGUUUGGUGGGGAAAUGAGCUUGAAAGAGUGGGUGAGUGAAGCAUUACAAGCCAAUGACAUCUAUAAAGUAUUAGCCCCUACUUUGCUUCUGGAACAAGAUCGAAAUUUCGAUAUGAAGAUGAAUUGGCUGACAUUAGUGUUUGAAUUAGCAAUGAAAUGUUUGGCCAUUUCACCCGAUGAAAGAAUCAAAAUGAUUGAAGCAGCAGCCACUCUAAAGAAGAUCAAAGCAAAAGUUGUAACAAGGGUGACCAAAAGGUAUCAUCACCAUGCAACUACCAUUACUUGAGAUGAGGAUUUUGUUAUUAAUGGUUGAUGGUAGUCCUUUCUUUUUUUAGUUGUUCUUUGUAAAUGAGUCGAGCGUGUCUUAAGCUCCUUCAUGGGUUUUUCUUUGUUUGGUUAUUUUCCCAUGUCGUAGUCUUUGAACCAAAUCGGGAGUCUAUACAAAGGGAUGUAUCUUGCAAAAGAUUAUAAUCAUUUAGUACAAAAUCUCCUUUCUCCCGA